AUGGUCCAUAUCGUCCUGGCCUCCCCGAAGGGGAACUCCGGAACCCGCUAUUUUCCAUACAGUGGAUAUCUGGGGCUGACCCCCCUCAGGGUAGAAGGAGUGGUCCGCGUCAAACUUGACAAUGACGGGAAGAGCUUGCCCACAAAAUCCGUCACCGUCUCGAUUCGAUGCUACGAGUCGCGUCUGGGUCGCGUAAGCGUGCUGCAGUCAAAUAUCUUGGUAGACCAGACGCAAGUGCUCUGGUCGAAACCCGAUUCUCAAGAAUACGCCGAUCUGGGAGAUGCGGAAUUUCCAUUCAGACUCACACUACCGCCCAACAUCGCUGGUUUUAGUACGGCGACAUUUGUUGAAUAUAAAUGCACUUGGAGGGUCGAAGCCACGAUACAUCAUGCCCCCAUAACAGGCGUUGGGGCGAAGCAAGUGAAGCAUUCGGAAUUACCUCUUAUUCGGUAUGAUCUACCAGAGCAUAUCUCCCCCAGGCCGUCCCAACCCCUUCCUUUCCUCGAGCUACAAACGAAUAAGCCUCGCACGCCCCGAAUACGGUAUUGCGUAAAGACCCCUUCAUCACCUAUUGGACCAAUGGAUCUUGUACCCAUCGGUGUUCACCUUUCGCCCGUUGACCCUUCUGUUACAAUCCGCAGUGCAAGCGUCAUUAUCGAGCGACGUAUACAGCUCAACGAAGCCCUCUACUCAUUUACUCCUUCAUCACAGUCUCAACCAACACCUCGGCAGCAAACCCUUUCCGUCUCAAACCAUCUUGCAUCGACGUCCUAUUCCCCCACUGCAUCGUAUCAAGAAAUCAAUGGCAACAACAGUAAUAUGCACCUUGACAUUCCUCCAUUACAUGCCAGCUCAGCAUCGACCUAUUCAUCAACUAUUUCCCCGUCUGUAGCAUCUUUCUCGACAGAAGCCGAGACACGCCCUCUGCUACAAUCUUCGUCAAACCAAAUGGCAGUAGUUCUUCCCACAACAACCAGCGAGGUUCUUCCGUCGAAGGUGGUAACAUCUUCUAUCGCGGGUGCAGAAUCAUCAGGUCUCUUCUCACGAGAUAGCCAUGGCGUGUGGAACAAAACAUUAACAGUACAAUGGCCGGCAGCCAAAUCAAAUAGCCGUUGGGCCAUUGGGGAGACCACCCAAUCAGACCUUGCCUCCGUUAGGUUUUUUGCUCGCGUCAAGGUUGUUGUAGCUGCAUCGACGGGCACCGAGUGUCUAGAGCUGGCCGACCAAGAGCUAUUAAUCAUUUCCACCAACGAAGCCGAAAGAUCGCUCGCCCUUUCGAAAUUCAACGAACAAGUUGAUUCCUGCAUGGACCCUUCGGCGCGUUCGAAGUCCAAAUCGCCUCGAGGCAAGAUUCGACGAGACCGCGAGGGAGAAGUGCCUCUUCCACCGGCACCACAUUCAGAACAAUUUUCACGGCCUUCGACUUCUUCCACCAGUCAAAAAACUCUUGAUCGCUCCAGCAAAGCCCACACGCAAUCCAUGCAGUCGUCUAGCGGGCUCCCGAAAGCCAAAUCAUCAUCUCGGCGACCGCACACAUCAGCUGGCCCCCGAGAUAAAGUUCUUGGCUUUGGGAGUAGCCCGACCUAUAACCGGGUAAAGGAGCCCGAAGAAGGAAGGGAGAAUGAAGCCCAUGCUCACCGGACGAAGCACCCCGAUUCUUCUCGCUCGAGGCCUGGUACGGCAAGCGGUGAUAGUGUCAAAGGCUCUUCGAAGCACCUAUUUGCCUCCCGGAUAAGCUCCAGCUCUAGUAGUGGAAGAGACUCUGACAGGAGCACGAGAAGUGCCGGUAGCAUAUCAACAAACCCGAGUAGCACUAGCGGCAGCCCUGGUCUGAAGGAGGUGAGAGCUUGGGAGGAAGAACUGGCACGCAUCGAGCUUCAAAGUCGGCGAUCGAGCGACAUGCUGGGGUUCGCCUACAAGCGUCUGAAAAGAACCUUCGAACAUUCUCGAGCUUCAUAA